CGACCAGGCGCAGUGGUACCGCUUCCCAGGAGAAGCCUUUCAAGGUUCGAGGGACAUGUGGCGAGCCUACCGGGAUAUGAAGGAGGCCAACUGGAAGAACUCAGACAAGUAUUUCCAUGCACGUGGGAACUAUGAUGCUGCACACAGGGGCCCGGGAGGCAGAUGGGCAGCCAAAAUCAUCAGUGAUGCAAGAGAGUCUACUCCAUUACGGGGUCUGAGUAACAGCGGCAAAUCUGAUUCUGCAGCCGACCAGGAGGCCAAUCGCUGGGGCCGUAACGGUGGAGACCCCAACCGCUACAGGCCCAAAGGCCUUCCCAAGAAGUACUGAAAACAGAAAAGCUCUGAAAUCAUCAGUGCCUCCAGGACAUUUUGUUGUUGCUCUAAAAUUGCUUGAUACAAUUUUGCAUGACAAAUCUAAAACUAACACUCUCUUGAUUAUCAUUAAUUAAAUCUGUAUU